GGCGCGUCGCGUGCCCCACUCCGAGCCUCCUGGAGCCCAGGAUCCGCGGAGUUCGGAAACGAACUUCCCACAUUUGCUAUGUUGCCUUUUGGAGACAAAACAAGAGAAAUGGUCAAUGCAUGGUUUGCUGAGAGAGUCCACACCAUCCCUGUGUGCAAGGAAGGCGUCAGAGGCCACCCCGAAUCUUGCUCUUGCCCCUUGCAGCAGACUCCUCGUGCUGACAGCAGCGCUCCAGGAACACCUACCAGGAAAAUCUCUGCAUCUGAAUUUGACCGGCCCCUUAGACCCAUUGUAGUCAAGGAUUCUGAGGGCACCGUGAGCUUCCUCUCUGACUCGGAAAAGAAGGAACAGAUGCCUCUAACCCCUCCGAGGUUUGAGCAUGAUGAAGGGGACCAGUGCUCAAGACUCUUGGAAUUAGUGAAAGACAUUUCCAGUCAUUUGGAUGUCACAGCCUUGUGUCACAAAAUCUUCUUGCAUAUCCAUGGACUCAUCUCCGCUGACCGCUACUCCCUGUUCCUUGUCUGUGAGGACAGCUCCAACGACAAGUUUCUUAUCAGCCGCCUCUUUGAUGUGGCUGAAGGAUCAACACUGGAGGAAGCUUCCAAUAACUGUAUCCGCUUAGAAUGGAACAAAGGCAUUGUGGGCCAUGUGGCAGCACUGGGUGAGCCCUUGAACAUCAAAGAUGCCUAUGAGGAUCCUCGGUUCAAUGCAGAAGUUGACCAAAUUACAGGCUACAAGACACAAAGUAUUCUUUGUAUGCCAAUUAAGAAUCAUAGGGAAGAGGUUGUUGGUGUAGCCCAAGCCAUCAACAAGAAAUCAGGAAAUGGUGGGACAUUCACUGAAAAAGAUGAAAAGGACUUUGCUGCUUAUUUGGCAUUUUGUGGUAUUGUUCUUCAUAAUGCUCAGCUCUAUGAGACUUCUUUGCUGGAGAAUAGGAGAAAUCAGGUGCUACUUGACCUUGCUAGCUUAAUUUUUGAAGAACAACAAUCAUUAGAAGUAAUUUUGAAGAAAAUAGCUGCGACUAUUAUCUCAUUCAUGCAGGUGCAGAAAUGCACUAUUUUCAUAGUGGAUGAAGAUUGCUCCGAUUCUUUUUCUAGUGUGUUUCACAUGGAAUGUGAGGAAUUAGAAAAAUCAUCUGAUACUUUAACAAGGGAACGUGAUUCAAACAAAAUCAAUUAUAUGUAUGCUCAAUAUGUCAAAAAUACUAUGGAACCACUUAAUAUCCCAGAUGUCAGUAAGGAUAAAAGAUUUCCUUGGACUAAUGAAAACACCGGAAAUAUAAACCAGCAGUGCAUUAGAAGUUUGCUUUGUACACCUAUAAAAAAUGGAAAGAAGAAUAAAGUCAUAGGGGUUUGCCAACUUGUAAAUAAGAUGGAGGAGAACACAGGCAAGGUUAAGCCCUUCAACCGGAAUGAUGAACAGUUUCUGGAAGCUUUUGUCAUCUUCUGUGGCUUGGGGAUCCAGAACACACAGAUGUAUGAAGCAGUGGAGAGAGCGAUGGCCAAGCAAAUGGUCACAUUAGAGGUUCUGUCCUACCAUGCUUCAGCAGCAGAGGAAGAAACAAGAGAGCUCCAGUCUUUAGCGGCUGCUGUGGUGCCAUCUGCCCAGACCCUUAAAAUUACUGACUUCAGCUUCAGUGACUUUGAGCUGUCAGAUCUGGAAACAGCGUUAUGCACAAUUCGGAUGUUCACUGACCUCAACCUUGUGCAGAACUUCCAGAUGAAACAUGAGGUUCUGUGCAAAUGGAUUUUAAGUGUUAAGAAGAAUUAUCGGAAGAAUGUUGCCUACCAUAAUUGGAGACAUGCCUUUAAUACAGCUCAGUGCAUGUUUGCUGCUUUAAAAUCAGGCAAAAUUCAGAACAAGCUCACUGACCUGGAGAUACUUGCAUUGCUGAUUGCUGCACUAAGCCAUGAUUUGGAUCACCGCGGUGUGAAUAACUCUUACAUACAGAGAAGUGAACACCCACUUGCUCAACUCUACUGCCAUUCAAUCAUGGAACACCAUCAUUUUGACCAGUGCCUGAUGAUUCUUAAUAGUCCAGGCAAUCAGAUUCUCAGUGGCCUCUCCAUUGAAGAAUAUAAGACUGCACUGAAAAUUAUCAAGCAAGCUAUUUUAGCUACAGACCUGGCACUGUACAUUAAGAGGCGAGGAGAAUUUUUUGAACUUAUAAGAAAAAAUCAAUUCGAUGUGGAAGAUCCUCAUCAAAAAGAGUUAUUUUUGGCAAUGCUGAUGACUGCUUGUGAUCUUUCUGCAAUUACAAAACCCUGGCCUGUUCAACAACGGAUAGCAGAACUUGUGGCAACUGAAUUUUUUGAUCAAGGAGACAGAGAGAGAAAAGAACUCAAUAUAGAGCCCACUGAUCUAAUGAACAGGGAGAAGAAAAACAAAAUCCCAAGUAUGCAAGUUGGGUUCAUAGAUGCCAUCUGCUUGCAACUAUAUGAGGCUUUGACCCAUGUAUCCGAAGACUGUUUCCCUUUGCUGGAUGGCUGCAGAAAAAACAGGCAAAAAUGGCAGGCUCUUGCAGAACAGCAGGAGAAGAUGCUGAUUAACGGGGAAAGCAACCAGGCCAAGCGGAACUGAGUGGCAGGUUUCACGCAGAGUUGAAGUUUACAGAGAUGGUUAUUCUGUAUUACGCCUACUUUCCCUAUGCACUGUACAGAUUUGGUUUAUAUUUUACCACUGCUAUAUUUUUAUUUUUGCACAACUUUUGAGAGCAUAGCAUGAAAUGUUUUAGACUAUUACCUAUCUCUGUAUAUUUGUUUUAUACCACUGAAAUGAGAUGAUCAGUGACACCCGCACUUAGCCUAUUCACAAGAACUCUGAUAUUUUGUGUAUUGCAGGGUGCGUGGCUUUUUUUCACUGAGGUUGUUUUUUGCAUAGGGAUUUUAAAUAAUUGGUUUCUGUGUUUUGUGAAUUACCAUUCUUUCAAGAAUGUCUGGAAUCUUUCCUUUCUCAAAAGUAGGUUAGGAGUAACUUGAAUGUGUUCUGUGACAUUUAAAGCCUUCAUUAACAUAAAAAAUUGGCUGAGUGGAUUUUAAGGAAAAAUAUGUAUUUGUCAACAAUGUCUUAACAAAAAGUUAAGGCACUGUGAAACUAAUGGAAAGUAAUAUGAGACAGUAUUAUAAAGAAAAUGUUUUAUUUAAUUUGCUAUUUUUGUGAAAGAAAAAGCUGAAAAUGUUAUUUUAGUGUAGCACAUCUAUCCAAAUCACUUCAAGUUCAUCAGUCUUACAUAAAGCAGGGGAAACCAUAGGAGAUGAUCUAGUCCCUGACUUCUUGAGGGAUGAGUGUGAUCCAGAAAUAGAAUGGCCAUGGUGUUUGUCAGCAAAAUGUUCUGUUGGAAGAUCCUUCUGAAAGUCAGUGUUUUGAAUAUGGAGCUUUAAAAAAUAAUUUUCUCACCUUCCAUCUUCUGAGAAACCACAGCUUGCAAGUCAGCAGUUUACAUCUCAAUGGAAAAGUGAGAUGUGAUCAUUGGAACACUGACCUGGAGUGAGACAUGACUAUAAAUGAGAGAGUACAAAGUGAGUCUUUUUAUUCUCUGUCAAGUGAAGCUUAUAGAAAAAUUCCAAUUAUAAUGAAUAAAAGGGUAUUGCCAAUACUCAGACCAUAAAUGAAAUUGAGGGAACAGUAAGAUAAGAUACUUUAUGCCUAAAUAAAACUUGGAAGUAUUAUAAUCGAGAAAUAGCCAUAUUUUGGUUUAUCAGAUGAAUCAAUCCAGGAUCACGGAUGGAAGUAUGGCUGUGUACCCUAAAUACUGACCCUUAGUAUGUAAUUGGUGUUAUUUCCUUCCCAUAGCUGUUAGUACAGUUAACAUUGUUUUCUCAGGAUUUGAAUUCAUUUAAGUAGGUUACCACUGUUCGUGUGAGCUCUUGACUACACAUUUACUCAGCAUUGAAGUAGAUGGUGAAAUGAGCAUCUGGUUUAGGAAAGGAAAAUCUGCUCCAAAUAUACAGAAAUGUUUACAUGUGGGAAGAGCAGCAAGAGAGAGAUUUAAUUUGUUAACUUUAAUCCCCCCACUCCCCAAAGAAAAGGUAUUUGAUUUGAGUAUUGCCAAUUUGGGUAGAAAAUCUCUUGGCAAUAUGAUAGCAUUCUCAGAGACCUUUCACAAAGCACAUUUGUCAUCCAUUUCCUUCAUCCCCUAAACUGCCUAAAAUUCAACAUACUUAUUAAGUUUUUGAAAUUCUGAGUAUAUAUACGUACUCACACACAUACACAGACACACACACACAUAUCUCGAAGUGAUAUGGCUUUCUUGUUAUAUCAUUCAGGUUUAAAAAUCAGUAAAACAAAUUAUAUUGACAGUACUUUAUUUUAGUAAAGGACAAUCUAGGAAUUUAUCAACUCUUUAAUGCUUUAUACAUUAUCAUUGUAAUACUUAGAUUUUCAGAGUGCUAUUUUUAUUUCAUGUCAUAUUGAUGAAAUCUGCAAGGUGGCCUCUUGGUGGCACUGGUGUGUAAAUUACACAGAAUGUCACUAAAGUAACAGUCAUAUCUAUUUACUGAUAUACACCUAUGCACGCAUAUAUAAUUCCUUAGUUUAGGAAAAUUGUUUAAGGAACCAUAAUCUUUAAUAAACCUCUUUUUAUCACACACAUUGUAAUUUAGCAGUUAUGCUAAAGUAUGUAGUCAUAAACUUUAAUAGUUUAUUUAGACCCCUCUAAGGUAUGUCAUUUUUUUUUUUUAAAGACAUGGUAGAUGGAGUUGGAGUAUCUGCAUGUGUGUCAUUUAACAAGAAGACAUACUUAGAUUAGAAAGUGUUUGGUGUGCCUUUGGUUAAUGGUUUACUUUACUUCACUACUUAGACAUUAAAAGAAGUUAGGUAAUAUCAUGCCCUUUUUAUGUUAUUAUUGGAUAUUUUAGUUCAUAUAGAAGAAAAGCACUUUGAAUGGCUCAAAUAAUUUUUAGUUUGUAGUAAAAUCAUUCCAUACAUGGAUUAUUAUCUGUGGUACAUAUACACAAAUCAAAAUUUUUGGUCUUAUAUGAAUAUUUCCUUUCUAGUAUCUUCUCAAGUUGGAAAAUAAUACAUAUAAUCCUCCCUCACCUUACCCUAUAUUUAUAUUACCCACAACCUGCAAGAAGUUAUUCUUGGCCCAGGAUGUUUGUUUAGCUAUAGCACAGUAACAUGAUUCUAUUUCAUUUCAAUUCUCAGCCAAAAAAGUCCUCACUAUUUUACUAACCUGGUUAAAAAAAAAAAAAAAAGUCUGUAAAAUUGCCUGGCCUUAUGUUUUUCACAGGAACAGUCUUGACCAAUCACAGUCAUGUGUGAACUUGUGUAAGUCACUUAACCUAUAUGUGCCUGAACAAGUUGGGCACUGGAAGAAUAAGGUUUAGGCAAAGCCUUUGUCUUCAAGGAAGAUGUCACAGAAGGCAGCUACUUUGUAUGCCCUAUGGUGCCCUGAGAUGACUGUAUGAAAUAAAAUAGUGGGUUAGGGAGCAACUCAUCCAGUGCUGUGUGUCAUGUCUUAUGUUGCAUUUCCAAGAUUGAAGAAAACACAAAAUUCAGCUUCCCAUGCAGAUGACUAGUGAGUGUGAGGUUUAGAGCUCCUUGAGUACCUUGCCCAAGGUAGAAACCCAGAAUGAUGAUGAAAAGUAAUAGGCCAUCACAAGCAAUUUGGUUUGUUUUUGUUUUCACAAGAUUGAUUUGAAAUGGUAGGUGGGGAGAUGAGAUAUGGACAACUGUAGCUAAACUAAGGUGGCACAGUUGAAUUAGUAUCAGUCAUGCAUCAGUUCACUUCUAAGAGAGCACCAGCCACAGAUUAGGUACUGUGCUCAGCCACAGAGCCACAGCAAUGACCUCAGGGAGCUCACAGCCUAUGCAGGACAUGCCAGGUAAGGGGUGUAACAGUUUCCAAUCCUGCCAAUUUGACACCAAAACAUGGGGCACAUUAUAUGACUUUCAUUCUCAUAACAUGUAUUGUGCAUUUUCUUUACUUAAAAUUCAUUAAUAAUCUAUCAGCGAACAUCCUGCCUUCUUUCAAAUACAAAUCACUUAACCUGUUGGUUGCUUAAAGAACACUUUAUAGCCAGAUAGAGAUUACACAGAGUUCUGCACCAGAAAAUUGUGUAGUUUUGGACCCCUUCUGCUCUACCAAAGGGAGCGAAGAAGAAGGUAUUAAAGCUCACCUUGCCCUUCCAUAUACUUAACAAAACCCUGUGUAAACAUGUCCUCAUGAAUGUUGUUGAAAGCACUGUAAAUAGUUGAAAAUAUAAAUUUCUAUUACAGUUUAAAAAAAAUCUUAUGGACCAUCACUAGCCACUGUUAAUAUCUAUUUGUAUUCUUAUACCUUUUCAAUAUAUUUGAACAAAUAUAUAGUUUCUGGCACUAUUUUUAUACUAGGAUAAAGGAGUUACUAUGUAUAUUAUGUUUAACUUUUAAGUCAUUUUAAGUCAUUGUGAAUGUUAAUUUCUUUUCUUCUUCUCCUUCACCGUGAGAAUUAUCGUGGAUGACUCCUCUAUGACAAAACUGCUUUCCAGGAACACUUAACCACCUCUGAUCCUGUAGUAUCAUGAGAUAGAAUGAUUUUCCUUUGUGCAAACUUUUCACCUGUCAGUUGUUCCCUCAUGUUUUCAUGCUUUGUAAAAAUAAAAAGAAUGA